CAACUUCUCCUCCCCAUUCAUCUUUUUUUUUUUUUUUUUACCCACGCGCUGGAGGAGAGCUGUCGGAAAGAGGCUGUAGGAGCGUAAUGAAACAUGAGGCGAGAAAUCGCAGCUGUGGUGUUCUUCCUGAAGAGGCUUGUGAAAAAGGGGGGGAAGUUGGAGUCGCACAAGAUCGAUCUGUUUGUAGAGAGGCUGGCUGUUGCACUGCAGGAGAAGUUCAAGGGACACUGGUACCCUGAAAACCCCAGCAAAGGACAGGCGUACAGGUGCAUCCGAAUGAACAGGCUCCACAGGCAGGAUCCAGAGCUCCUUCGGGCCUGCCGAGAGAGCGGGGUUCAGUUCUGUGACCUGAGACUGUCCUGUGAAUUCACUUUGUGGGUGGACCCUGGUGAGGUCAGCUGCAGGUACGGAGAGGACAAUCCCUGCUUCUCAGUUGCCAGCUUCUCUAGCGAUGAUGAGGUUGACACAGAUGUUGCAAAGGUGACCAGUGCUUUGGAGAGAGUGACGUCAGACUACCACUCAGGUUCUUCCUCGGAUGAGGAAAGCACGCACGCUUCCCCUCUCACUGUCUUCAACGGCCGCCGUGCUUACCAGGCGGUGAAUCCCGCUGCUCCUAUGUGGCAUCCUAACAAGAUGGUACCCGGGAACGCUCACAUCCCUCCACGGCCGCACUACAGCUUCAUGCCUCGCGGCAGAGCCCCCCCCCACGUUCAGGCCUAGCCUGUGGUUUCCUCCUGGCUAUAGAGAAAGGCCUGCUCGGUUCUGGGACACAACCCAAAAUAGUUACAGAUAGGAACCGUGGUGCUUGUUGUUCCCACUAGACAUUAAAGCUGAAGAGAACUUUAAAAUGGCUGAACAAUGUUCUUUUUUAAAAACAUGAAUUUUUAUAGAUUACAUAAUAGUUUUUUGACAAAAAAGUCCUUUUGCACUUUAGACCAUUUGUUAUACUUUAAAUGAAUCACUUGUAUUUAAUUAGAUAUUGGAAUACUCAUGUUGAUGUACUGUAUUUUUACAUUGGGAGAUGUUCAUGUAUGUCACAUACUUUGUCCUUUUGUGGUCAAAUGUUUUAUUUAUUCAUAAUAGCAGUGCAGAAUUGUCAAAUGUAUAGACUUAAAUUAAGGGAGUUUUAUUAAACACAUUUUCUAAGCA